UUAUGAUAAGAUCUAAACGACUAUGCAGUACACUUUUCCUUAUACUGAGUUAUCUUAUGACUGUUUGUAUCAAGACAUUAUAGUCGAUCUACAUUAAAUAUGCCGCUAAGAAUCAACAUAUUAAAUAGCACCAUCGUAAACACUCAUCGAUGCCAUGGAAAUAUGAAGCUUAAGACAAUGAGUUACGACACCUUUAUUUGCAAACGACUACCUGAACUUAUUAAUCAGGUUAAGCUUAAUUAAAUCUCAGGAAAGUAUGGCAUGGAGUCUAAUUGGUAAAGAGUGCGGUAGUGGUGAUAGAUUCUCAGUUAUCGGUGCACUGUCUUCGAAAAAUGUUAACAAAAUAUAUUUCAGUGUAUAUACAGUUGUUGUUUUUAGUUGCGGUCUUUAUUAUUAAUGAAGUGCCAGCACAAUUCACGAGAAUCGUUGGAGGAUAUCCCACAACAAUAGAUCAAUAUCCCAUAAUAGGUCAGAUGCUGCGGCAGCAAGAUAUGUGGGCAGGCAGCUUACAAUACGCCCAGCAUUGCGCCGGAGUUAUCGUGACAUCACGUCACUUGAUAUCUACUGCACAUUGCUUCCAAUUCGACGCAAUUUCUGGAAGGAAUUAUGCCCUGCCAAAAUACUGGAAAGUUAGGCUUGGUUCCUCCUUUCGUACCGGAGGUGGUAGUUUAUAUAACUUGAAGAACAUCAUACCUCAUGAAGGCUUCAAUAAAAGUUAUUAUUUCAACGACAUAGCUGUGGUAGUUGUGGACAAACCAAUUAAAUCCAAUAUGAACGUUAAACAAAGCAAGAUAAUACAAAAAGGUCUUAGUGUCAAGCCUUAUUCAGGAUGCGUCGUUGCAGGCUGGGGUGCUAAAGAGUUCAACGGAGCUCAACCCGACCAACUUCACUACACAUUUGUAUUCAUAAUAAACAGAAACACGUGUGUUGAACGAUACAAGACCAAACAGGCGGUUAUAGAUGAUGGGAUGAUAUGUGCUGGUAUGAUGGACGUCGGCGGUCUGGAUGCUUGUGUUGGUGAUUCUGGAGGACCACUAAUUCAUAAAGGAAUUGUUAUUGGAUUAGUUUCUUUCGGUUACUCGUGUGGACAUAAUUACUAUCCGGGAGUUUACACAAAUCUUGCCCACUAUACGGAUUGGAUCAAUAAAACAACUCUCGCAUAUAAAUAAAAUUAUUUAUUAUAAUGUAAUUCAUUGUUGAAUUUAGUCUAAAUAAAUAAGUACUAAAAAAAGUAAAUAAUAUCGAUACUGAAAAUAUGAAAGCUCUUUAAGCUUUAGUGUAGACAGAAGUUCAAAAAAGGCUUCUUGCCGAAAUUUAAGCUUGACUGCCCUUAAAC